GGCUGACGUCACGCAGGCGGGUUGUCAGUGGUGCUUGAAGCUGCUGUCAGCCUCCAUUCCCGCGGACAGCCUCAGCAGCAGCGCAAGAUCAUCAUCAGCAGCAGCAGCAGCAGCAGCAGCAGCAGGACACUCAGCAGAAGCGCAAGAUCGUCAGCAGCAGCAGCAGCAGGACCCUCAGCAUGGCAGCGGAGGAGCUCGCAAACAAGCUGCAGUCGCGGCUGGUGGUCAAGCAGGAGGAUGCGGAGCCGAGGCCGGAGCCCGCACUGAGCCCGCAACGAUCCAGACCGCAGGAGCCCGAUGCUGCCUGCGGGGAAUCCGCCUCCGAGCUGUCCGCCAUACUGAACCGCAGGCUGGACAUCAACCAGGGAAACGCCGCUCCACGACCGAGCCGAGUGUUCAACCCGUACACCGAAUUCAAGGAGUUCUCCCGCAAACAGAUCAAGGACAUGGAGGCGAUGUUCAAGCGGUACGACACAGGUAAAGACGGCUUCAUCGACCUGAUGGAGCUGAAGCUGAUGAUGGAGAAACUCGGAGCUCCUCAGACUCACCUGGGUCUGAAGAACAUGAUCAAAGAGGUCGACGAAGACUUCGACGGGAAGCUGAGCUUCAGGGAGUUCCUGCUGAUCUUCAGGCGAGCGGCGGCUGGAGAGCUGCAGGAGGAGAGCGGCCUGAUGGCUCUGGCUCGUCUGUCAGAGAUCAACGUCUCCACAGAGGGAGUGAUGGGAGCCAAAGACUUCUUUGAAGCAAAGAUGAAGGUUGCAGCUGCAGGCAGUAUGUUUGAGGCGGAGAUCCGAGAGGAAAAAGAAGAACAAAAGAGACAGGAAGUGGAGAAGAAACAAAGACAAGCUGCAUUCAAGCAGCUGCAGUCGACCUUCUGCUCGUGACCUGACACCAGAGUCCAAGUCCCGCCCUGACCUGCACAGUCAGUGUUAGAGAGACCAGAACUCAAGUCCCGCCCUGACCUGCACAGUCAGUGUUAGAGAGGUUUAGCUUCACUUUUUUUAACCCCUGAAAUCACUCCCAGUGCGGCACUUUAUAACCAGAGAUUAUAGAAUACAGCACAUGUAGGGUUCAUUCAUUCCAGAUGUUCUGCAGCUGCUGCACAGAAAACAAAACACACCUUUAAAUAUGCAGUGUUUCAAAUUCAUAAAAGUAUCAUCGAUUUAUUCUGUUCUAUUCUUUUUGUUUCUCUAAAAGAGUUUUCAGCACAAGGGAAACGUCUCGUGAACUUUUAGUCGGAUAUUUGUGAAGCUUUUUGAACAUUCUGUGUCGCUUUGUUUGAUUCUCACCUCGUUACAGUGAUCUCAACAUGAGCGUCUUCUCUGCUACCUGCAAUGUGAUGAGAUAUUGUAGAAUAAGAAAACAGCAUGAAGAGCUGUUGUAAUAUUUACAAUAUAAAGUACUUAUAUGACUCGAUGUUCAAGCCUCAUGUAGUUCCGCAGCUUCAGAUUUAAAGA